AUCAGCUUUAAUAUUGUUUCGAUAUUAAAGCAUCAGGGGUGUGGAUGGAGGAUGUAUUUUCCCUGACUGCAGCACAUUCCUCGUGCGCGCGCACCGAGUGUGCGUGGAGAUCUCUGGCGCACGCGCCGCCCACUUUAUAAAUGAUGCGUAAAGGAUCUCCGGUAUCACACACAGCACUCUGAGACUUCAGAGAACUCAGGACCAGAUUCUCAUCUCCGUCUCCACCCAAUCUUUUUCACUCUUUUCUAUUGCAUUUUGAUACGCUUAUUUCUUCGCCGAUGAGGCUUUCGCUUUAUAACAGUGCUCCCGUGAACAAGUGUCGUUCGCGUCAUUCCGUGAAAUCAGGGAAUCUCGAGCACAGAUCGUUAUAGACCUGGUGAUGUGGACGUGCUUCAGUCGUGCUGAUGCUCGGCGAUGUUUAGACGCGAGAUGGGACGCAGGGUUUCCCCGAAACAUCCCCGCUGCUGAGCAGAGAGCGUCACAGACACACAGGAGACUGCACUAAAAUGGUCCAGAACGUGAUUUUGGUGUUUUUCCGCAGGAGACUGAGCCAGAGGCCAGCAGUGGAAGAGCUGGAGAGCCGGAACAUCCUCAAACAGAGGAAUGACCAGACAGAGCAAGAGGAGAGAAGGGAAAUCAAGCAAAGGCUAAACAGAAAGCUGAAUCAGCGGCCCACGGUUGACGAGCUGCGGGACAGAAAAAUUCUGAUCCGUUUCAGUGACUAUGUGGAAGUGGCCAAAGCUCAGGAUUACGACAGAAGAGCAGACAAGCCCUGGACCAGACUAUCUGCUUCUGAUAAGGCAGCGAUACGCAAAGAGCUGAAUGAGUUCAAGAGCAGCGAAAUGGAGGUUCAUGCGUCAAGCAAACACCUGACAAGGUUCCAUCGACCAUAGCAAGGUUUCUUCUGUGAAGAAUAUGCUAACGGUGUCUCUGUGAAGUCCAAGACCUCAGGGGGCUGUCCAUGGCUGCUCCAUGGAGGGCCUGAUAUUUGGGCGCUAGUGAACCUUGGAGGCUAUGUCUCUGGAGCUUCAUCCUGAAGAAGCCAAAACCCUCCAAACUCCACUCAGUCCAGCUGCAAGUCUGUAGAUUACUGAACCUUUAUUGUUUUUCAGAGGACUGUGGUGGGACGGUGGAAGACUGUUUGAAAAAAAAAAAAAAAGACGUGACUUUUUCGGGGUUUUUUUUUUUUUUUAAUGGACUGUUUUAAAUGAUCACCUUUUGAUGCCAGUGGGGGGUGGGUGGGGGUUUAUGGGGGUCAAGCAUGUGAAUUUUUCUAACCUUUUUCCCGCACCAGUGUUGCGUUUCUGGGUUCCUACUAAAACUUGAGUUUCAUAUCAGCUGUAUAGAUGUUAGUAUGAGGAACGGGAAUCAUGUCUUACCUUUGCAAGGACUAUUUAUUGUCUGUACAGUACAAGCUUUGGAUUUGUAACGAA